AUGGCACCGCCGAUCCUCAAUGAGCGAAGACGCGACGAGCGGCAGAGCUCUGCUGCCGGUGAACAGCUCAAUGCUAAACAGCUCAACGGCCGCAUCUCGCAUGCCAGCGGCACCGACCAGCUGCUCGCGCUCUUUACUGGGCACAGCGCGAGCUUGAACCACAUCCACGCUGCAAACCUGUGGAACAAACUGGGCAAGCAGCGCAUCGAGCGGCGGCACGAGGAGCAGCUUGAGCGGCUGGUGCAGCGCACGCUCGACCUCGUCCAGUCAUGCGAAGCACGCAACCUGGCUAACGUCGCUCAUGGAGUGGCGAAAUGCCGGCUGCCAGAUCCGAUGUGGAGCACAGCGCACCGCUGUCAGCUGCACCAAUGGCAGCUCUGGCUCUCCCUGGAAUGCGGGGCAGACGGCCAGCAGCAUCUCCUCCCCGACCCCCAGCGCCAGCUUUGCUGCGACGCUAUGGUGGCGACCAUAGCGCGGCCAUCAGGCUUGCAGCGCUCCGUCGCGGAUGCCCUCGCCGCCGUGCGGGGCCCAGGCUUCGAGGAGGAGUAUGUCGAGCCGCGCACCAGCUACUCGCUCGACCUGGCGCUGCCCUCGUCACGCAUCGCGAUCGAGGUGGACGGCCCCUCUCACUUCCUGCUGCCCGACGGAUGGGGCGUGCGCAAACCCAACGGGCCGACGCUGCUCAAGCGUCGCCUCCUCGCGGCGGCUGGCUGGCGGGUGAUCAGCGUUCCAUUCUACGAGUGGGGCCGCUUCACGACGGCCAAUGAUCGGCAAACCUACCUGGAGAGGGCGGUCGCCCCACUGUAG